AUGAGCUUAGAAAAUAUUCAGUUUUCUGAAUUAGAUGAGGCAAUCAGAAGUCAUUACGAUCAAAAAUGCGAUGAUAAUGGAAAGCACAAUAAAAAUAAGCAUGCUGAACUUCCAAACCAGGAAUAUUUAGAGACUAGUAGGUCUAUCUAUGAGACUAGUCACAGGUUGGAAAGUAACUUUGAUAAUUCAGAGUCUUGGGGAAAUAAUCCAAAUUAUUUUAAUCAAGUGCUUUUAUCAAAGUUGGCAGCAUGUAAAAUGUUAAAUCAUGGACAUAGAGGUGAAGAUAUCGAAGUAAUGGGAAUACUAGUUGGCACAACGAUUGAAAAUAACAUUGUAAUACACGACACCUUUGAAAUUCCUGUCGAAGGAACAGAAACUAGAGUUAAUGCCCAGAUGGAGUCCUAUGAAUAUAUGGUUCAAUACGCGGAAGAAGUGAUUGAAAACAAUGAGAAACAAAGCACUAUAGUGGGCUGGUACCACACGCACCCUGGAUAUGGAUGUUGGUUAAGUAAUGUUGAUAUACAAACACAAAAACUGAAUCAAAGUUAUCAAGAUCCGUAUGUUGCUGUCGUUCUCGACCCUCACAAGAGUUCCAAAGAAGGCAUCAUAGAACUUGGCGCUUUUCGCACAAAACCAUCACCUUUGAACAAGACUAUAGAUACAUUUUAUGAAUUACCAAUAAAGAUAUUUGACUCUGAACUCAACUAUUCUUUAGCUUAUAACCAUCUAUCCUACAAAUGUCCUCAAAUUGACUUGAACCUAAGUUCAAUUUUAUAUAGUCAGCUGCUUGAAAGUCUAAAACAUAAUAUCUCUUUAUCUAAAUCUUCAAAAUCAAAAACAUUAAAGAUUUCCCAGGACCAACUGAACAAUAUGAACAAUGAUAAUAUAAAGACUAAUAUGGCGAUGUACCGAACCGUUAGUUCUACUUCUUUAACUAGCACUAAUUCCGGCAGAAAUACAAGCGAUAUCGAUAUGAUUAGAAAUGAUAUCGCAGAUUCGGGAAGUAUGACAAGCAGUAUUAACCAAUACAAAGAAUUUGGAUCGACAAGAAGUGAUUCAGUUCAUUGUUUAGCUAACGAAAGUAUGUUUCACUCCUCAAAUAAUCCCUUUAAGGAAUCAUUAUUAAGAGAUGCGUCUUCUAACUUGGUUCCGAACACUUUAUCUUUUGACAUAGAAUCUGAAGGAAUCCACACAGGUAACCUUAAAAGAGAAUUUGAACAGAAGAAGGACAUGCUACUGGGUUUAAAAUUACAAGAAUAUAGAAAUCUAAAGUUGUAUCAUGAUAUAUUUAGUUUAUGA